GUCUACUUCCUGAAAAAAAGAGACUGAGAUACAAAGAAAACAUAGUAGGCUACUUCGUUACGGCUGCUUUUUAUUUUAUUGUAAGCCACAGAAGACGUUUCUGUCACAAAACUGACAGUAGCUCUUAAAUAUUGAGGAUUCUAAACGAGAAAUGUCAAUUUGGGACGGUCUGUAGCGUGGUGGCGGCAGCAUUGCACGCGCAGGUCCGAUUCAAACAGGUGGAAAGAGUGGGACAGUCCUAUCGCGUGACGGCGGCUCGUGAAGGCGGUCUGUUUUAACCCGCAUUGCAUAUUUUGUUUGAAACAUUGCUAUUUUAAAAAAUAAUUCGAGUCGCUUUGCUGAAGAUUCUCGCGCCGGAAUGACUUCAACAGGCUCGUGCCACAUCCCGUUUUAGAACGCUGUCUCGCGCCGGUCGUUUGAAAAGUGGGCCGUUAAAAUCUGUUACACGCCGAGCUCUUUUACCCCUUCCAGAAAGGUUGUGUGUGUGUGUUUUUGUUUUUACAUUUACAGCAUCGACCCUCGGGGUUUUUCCCACUUGCUCUGGUCCCCGAGCCGUUUGCGCACAGGUGGGAGAUACCCGCUUGGUAGGACAGCCCCCUCUCUCAGUUCCUCAGCGGAUGAUGUGUGCAAGUGGCAUUUGCCGUUGCGGUUUGGGACAGUAGGCGAGGCGUCUCUGCAAACAGGUGUGCGACUGCCCCAAAACAGGCACACACAGUACGACUUUUUUCGCCUUGUUUAGUUGAGGUGGACCUCCAGCACCGGUGUCGAAGCGAUCAUCCUCGUAGCGGGACAGGGAGAGGAGGGGGAGUCUACUAUCGUUUUCAGGCUUUGUAGUUGCAUUUGAUCGUUUCGAAAAGGGGCUCGCGGCUCACAAAGAGGAAGGGAUGGCAACUAAAAAAACAUGCGCGGAUUUAACAAAAAGGAGCCGAAGUCCCGUCGUGCUGGAGGCUGAGAUGUUCAGCGAAUUUCAGGACUGGUGUCUCCGGACUUACGGAGACUCGGGUAAAACAAAGACCGUGACUCGCCGAAAAUACAACAAAAUCAUGCAGACCCUGCUACAGAACGAGGAGUCCGACGGUGUCUAUGUCGACAACAGCCACAUCAACGCCAAAUUCAAAUUCUGGGUGAAGUCCAAAGGCUUUCAGGUCGGCAGCAACAUCUUGGGCGAGCACAACAAGAAAGAGUCAUCGGGGAAGCCCGUCCUGUACGUCCCUGUCAAGUCUACGUGUUCAGAUGGAGGGGCGGCCCAGGACAGCUCUUUGAAGCGGGUUGCUGUGGUGGAGGAUUUUUUUGACAUCAUCUAUGCCAUGCAUGUUGAGAUGGGGGCAGAUCCCGGUCGAGCACCCAAACACGCUGGCCAGAAAAAGACCUAUAAGGCGAUUGCAGAGACCUACGCAUUUCUUCCACGUGAGGCGGUGACCCGUUUCUUGAUGAGUUGUGGAGAAUGCCAGAAAAGGAUGCACAUCAACCCCAGCACAGCAGAGUUCAAAGAGAAUGACAGGCCCACCUCUCUGGUCCCAGACCUCAUCGAUUACAACAUGCCUCUCACUGCCACCUAUCUAAAACAGAUGAAACUACAGUGCAUGAACACCAAUGAGCAGGAUGAGAGUUCGGUAAGCAGUGAGGAUUUGGACAUGGCUGAGCCCGCGUGGGUCUCUACUGAGCGUGCUCCAGCCGCAGAGCCCAGCAGCCCCACCGCCCCGUACACAGAGAGGAUGCCUACACCCCCACAGCCCAGCAUUAAAGAGGAAGAAGAUGAUUCCUCUUCAGAGAAUGGCAGCACAGUGAACGGUCUGCCUGCACUGACUCCGCCUGGCGGUGCUGCCAUGGCGACAGGAGGAGUUCCUGCAUCUGAGGGGGUGGUUCCAUACGGAGAGGUGAACGGUAAUGGUGCCGCAGCGCCACUGGACUUCAGCACCACUUCAUCGUCCUCGUCCUCGCAGGAGGGACAGCAGCCUGUCAAUCUGAGCGACAGACUCACACUCGGAUCCUACGCAUCUGACCCCAACAGAAAAUUCCCUGUCAAAACUGAGUACGGUAACAAGUCCCCUCAGUACAGCUCAGGAAGCUAUGACUCUGUGAAGACAGAACUGAGCACGUGUGGGGAGGACAUGACCCCGGGCCGCUCACAGGUCAUAGAUGAUGAUGACGACGAUCACGAUGACCAUGACGACAGCGACAAGAUAAAUGAUGCUGAGGGCCUGGACCCUGAACGACUUAAAGCUUUUAAUGUGAGAUUGAUUCCCUUAACUACUUUAUCACUCAUAUUUCAUAUUGUGGACAUUAGAUUUUGUAUUUUCUAGCUGUUAAGCUUCCAUUACCUACAUUGCUUACGUUUGGAGGUACAGUGGAGUUCAAAAACACGGCCCACACCCCCUCACCUCACCUCCGCCAUGGCUGAGAACAUCCUUGCAGCAGCAUGUGAGAGCGAAACACGGAAUGCUGCUAAGAGGAUGCGCCUUGACAUCUAUCAGGCCAAUGAUGAGUCAGUUGCAGCAGACAAGCCUAACUCCAGAGAUCCGGCUGCUCUGGCUCACUCAGGCUUCACACUGGCUGCCUCGGCCUACUCCCAGGACCAACUCUACACCAAUGGUGGACUUAAUUACAGUUUCCGUGGAUAUGGGACCAUUGGCAACAGCCUCCAAAACAAUGGCACAUCACAAACCAAUGGUCCCACUGAUCUCAGUAUGAAAUCUUUGGCAUCCAACAGCACUUCCUCCUCCAGUUCAAACAGUCAUGGUCAGGGUGGAGGGGGCGGAGGGGCAUCUGCCCAGCUCAGCCCACCUGAGGUCACGGCUGUUCGGCAACUGAUUGCGGGUUACCGUGAGUCUGCGGCCUUCCUGCUCCGCUCUGCUGAUGAGCUCGAGAACCUCAUACUGCAGCAGAACUGAGAACUGCACACAGGCUGGUGCUGCCCAUCUCUCAUUAACACACACAUAAAUGCACACUAUGACAGGAAAGGUACAUGUAGCUAUGUGCACUUACACACAUAUACACCUAAAGCCCAAAGGCAGAGUUUGACACCAUUUAGGGGGAGCAAAAUGGAGGGAUCAGAAGAAGCUGUAUCUGAAACGCAUAUACAGGGUACAAAAUUAAGAUCAUUUACCAGCCAUAAUAAUCUCAGGUUCACUGGCCAUGAACCUGUAUUUUGCAUAAUUAUUUUUAAACAUAACAUAAACUUUUAUUUAAAUGUAAAUGAUUUAUUAUUAUUAUUAUUAUUGCAUAUUCUUUAAGUAAAAAACCAAAACAAAAAACAAAAACAAAGCACAGGUCAUUGUUUCACUUGCUGCACCAUAUAUUGGCCAAUUUUUAUAUGAAACGCUACCUCUCAUAAAAACUUUAAAGUAAUUAUGGGGUUCUUAGAUAAAAACCUUGAGGUCUUUCUUGCAGUGUAACCAUGAAUAACUGGUAACUUUAUUUAGAAUGGCAACAUAAUACAUGGAUUUUAUUUUAAUAUUUUAUUGCACUGUAGUAAAAUAAAAUAAAAUAAAGAUAGAAUAGAAUAAAAGCCAUGUAUUAUGUUACCAUUCUAAAUAAAAUUACCAGCCAAAUUUAACUUGUAUUUGGCACUUGGCAAGUAUUAUUUUUUGGCUGAUCCUAUAUAAGGUGCUUUACCACAGACAGUUAAUGCACAUAGAGGGAAUAAAUUGCAGUCACUAGAAGGCACUUGAAGUAUCUUGUUGAUUCUUGUGCACAGCUAACAAAAUUUUUGACACAGAACAGGAAAAUGCUAAUUUUGCCCACAACAAUAUAAUUAAUAAAAAGAUAAUAUAUGAAUUAAUAUAAUUUAGUAAACAAUUUAAUAUAAUUUAUUAAUGUAUUUAUUAAGAGAACUUUAUUUCAAAGCUUUACAAAAGCAAAGAUAAAACAGCUCCAGACAGCUGAAUCCCCCCGAUACCCCCCAAACUCUGCCUAUGCUCUUUCUAUAAACCCUCCUAUCACACAUUGCUUAUGACAGCUUUAUGUUCAUGAUAGUGUCUUUAUCGAAUUUCCUUACCUUUGAGCCCAGCGAGGCUUAAUCCUUUUCGGAGGGCUGAGAUGAUUUGUUAAACGUGGUUUUAUGACGAAAUGAUCAGAACACAAAGCAAGAGGUGUGUGUACUCACAGCAGCAUUGCAAGUGUCCUGCACAGAGCACAAUCACACAGUGAGAGCUAUCAGUCCACCACAGAGAGUACAGACUUUUGACACACACACACACACACAAAAAAAUAGCUGUAAAUUUAGGAGUGAUGCCCAAAACAUAUACAAAAUGAUGUCAUCUCCUGCCUAAAGUUUAGAUUCCUAUAUGUCAAUGGCAUCUUGUUUUAUAGAAUUUUAAAAGAUUCCUCAGAUGUAUUAGUUGUUCUCUUACCACAGACAUGUCCACACAGCAGCUUUGAUCCAGAUUUAGCCAUUUUAGAUAUAGAACAGAUCUAAGAGAAAAGGGUUUUUGUAAGAUCUCUCUUCUUCUGUUCAGUGCUAAUGAGGUUUGGGGAGAAGGUGCAAUGUAGAUGAUAAUCGUUAUAAUGUGUUUUCAAUCAUAAACACAUUAACUGAUGUCUUUUGUACAUAUAGAUAUAUAUUCCUCAUUCAAAUUUAAGAAAUUUCAUCCUAGCUUACACAUGCACACUUGAAAGACUACGAAAAGAAACCGUGAUUAUUGAGUGCAAAAAAGAAGAUGCUGAAAUUCUAUUGGCUGGGAAUGUCGGACAUUAUGCAAAUGAAGCUGUGCUGAGUGGAACGCUUUGAACCCUUUCCUAAAUACUCGAUUGCCUUGGCAAACCUCCAUCCUCAGCACAUCCAUGCACUGUAGGAAAAUUUCUCACUGGAACACGAGCGACAUCGACCUCCCAGACAAGAGGGCCAUAGAUUGACUUGUAAAAAAAAAUCUGAAAAGAAAAAGAAUAAGGACUGCAGUUCCCAUGCUGCACUGCAUCAAAAACACAUUCUGUUAAGUUGUGAAUGCUGCUGUUUUUUUCUAACCUCAUGACUGAGACACUUUCAUCUUCACAGGGACCAAUCAAAACAGAGGGACUUAACAUCCUAUCGGCACACAUGCUGUAUAUGCAUAGUGAGUUUGAGAGAAAGGACCUAAUAUUAGCAGAACAACGGUGACAUCCUUUCCUUUCAGUCAGCAACCCCCAAGAGCUUAAAGAGGCAUUGAUUGGUGGACUACGGUAGCAUCAUCCACAGGAACCGAGUGUAGAACAUUGACGAUGUACUGCCCCUCAAACACCAGCCUCAUUCUUCCUCCUGCCUGCAUUUUCUCAUGUUCACAAAUGCCAUCGUUAAAAACUGUAUUUAAAAAAAGCAAAAGACAAUCCUGAACAAUUGUGACUUGAUCCCUCGGAAAACGGUAUAGUGUUGUGCGAGAUCUCACUCUGACUCUCUAGCCUUUAGUGGAGUGGUGACAAUACAGGGCCUUCAAGUCUUGUAGCCAUAGCUUCAACCGUGUCCUCACUCUGCAACAUGAUUAUAGGAACAGAGCAUUUUCCUCUGUUUAGCUGCAUUCUUUUUUUUAUUAUCUGGAUAUAUUUAUUUCUGUCUUGCCAUUCCAGUUGUGCUUUAUUUGUUGUUUUGUGUUACUUUAGUAAAUUAAAUAUAUUUUUUGUUUACUUUUUCUUUAAAAACUCUGGUUGUAGGACACUGGCAGUCUGAAGGGAAUCAAUGUUGCGAGUCUCAACAUUCCAAAUGUAAAACAUGCAUCUCAGAUUGGUCUCCAAAUGACUGAAUACGACAUCCAAAUGACGCAACUUCUAAAGAGAAAAAACUCUUAAGUUGUCUUCAACGGCUUAGUUUUGAUACGUGGCUCAAAGCCUGCUUAUUACCUCUUACUUGUUACUCAUUGAAAUAGACUCAAUGAUGAACAGAUGAAAUGAUAUGUGCAGGAUCAUUAGUUAAGUUAUAUUCAGAUGUUACACUUUAUAAAUGAUUAAAUUGGUUAACAUAGUAGCACUUUACAAUCCGUGAAGGAAAAAUGUUUAUGGGAUGGAGCCUUAAAACCAACUAAAUGAUCCUAAAUUAUGAAAUGCAGCUGAUCAUUCUCAAGCCAUAAUGUUUUGUCUUUAUUUGCUCUGCAUUGUAAUUAUUUGUUCCCUUACACCAUGCAGGAGAAUGUGAACCCCGUCAAGCACUGGGCUUUGAGUUGAGGAAAGAAGUAUGUGUCUGGCUUAUUCUAAUUAUAUGGUGAUUGCAAGAAAGUGAGCACUUGAAUUUACUCACACCAUAAAUAUGUUGGUGUAUUGAGAGCUCAAAAGUUGUACCAGGCCAUUGAUCUUUGUUUGCUCUGACUUUUUGGUUCCUUGUUUUGUACAUUUUUUUUUCUAAAUGACAUUAGAAGUGUAAGAUUUUUAGGAAGAUGUCUGGACAUCUGAGGUUGGUGAACACAUGAAAAGAAAAAGGAAAAGACAAGAAUUUUUUUUAAACCGUGCAGCUAAACUCUGCAAUCAAAUGUGGUAACAACCAUUGCCUGUGAUAUAUUUUAAUUUUGUGGUGCUUUGUAAUAUUAUUAUGAUUAUGGUAUUUUGUUUUUACUCCUGUACUUAUUAGAAACUGUAGGCUGAAGCUCAGUUUCUCUUUGUAUACCAAUGUGAAGCUUUGUAUGAUUUCUUUCUGGUUUUUUGACUCAGUGGAAGUGUGUGAUGUUUACAUGUACAGAAUUUAAGAUUUUUUUGUUGUUGUUGUUGCUUUACUUUCUGUUGUUGUUGGUUUUGUUUGUCCUAGUAAAGCCCUGCCUAUCGUCCUGUCGUGACCCCACAAUGUGCUUUUUACUUUAAAUCAAAUCUGAAUGGAGGAAAACAUGGACAUGCUGAACUUAUACCACAGUAAAGGCCUUUGCACACUUUUGUGCAUCAAUCUCUGUAUAUUUAUUUUCUCAAGUUGUUGCUUUAAUCCAUGCAAAUGGUUUUUAAAGACGAUUAAGAACAUUGUGUGAAUUGUGUUAUUAGCUAUGCCUUUGUUUUUUAUUUUGUCAAACUUCAGUUUCACAUCCAGUGCAAAACGUUGUCUGUGUAAGGGCCUUUAGACGUGGUUGUCACUACUGAUGGUAGAUGCCGAGGAAAAGAGAGAGGAGGGACUUAUCAUCAUUAAUUUUCUUCUCCACAAAUGCGGGAGUAAAAUGCCCCCUUACAGUAGUCCCUUAGUUAUUUAUGCUUGUUCUAGAGAAAAAGCAAAAGACUAAACUCUUGAUGUCAUGUCAUUUUUUUUAUAUUAUUGGUAAUAUAGAUAGGGGCAUUGUGUUUGGGACGGGGCAGAUCCACCCAACUCUUAAACCAACUGACCUGUGCUCUUUGACCUCAGUCAGAAGCCUCUCAGUGAGUCAGAAAGCCAUUCCCCUUGCACUGUUCUUAUGUACAGGACACAUGCAAACCUCAGGAACCCUUUGGAUCUGUGUUACUUUUUUUAACCAGGUCUGUACGUCUUGGCUGACGAGUCCUCCCUCUCUCCAAUAUCAACCCGAUUAUAUUGGAUUUGCUAUGUAUGUGUUUUGUUUUGUUUUUUUUAUAUAUAUAUUUAUUGUGUUUUCAAAGUGAAUCCAGUACAUGUGGCUGAAUAUUUGAAUUCUUUAGAAAAGUGUUGAUAAACAUAAAUAUAUAUAUAAAUAUAUGUGAAGCGCCUAAAAGAUGGAGAAUAUGGCAGGUGAAAUUCAUUUGUUUGUUUAAUGUAAAAACAAAGAAAAGAAGAAAAAAAAGAAAAAGCACAGGUGGGUGAAUUUCCUGCCUUUUACAUAUCACUUUGCCGAGAGACUCAUUCUAAGAUAUUUUAAAGUUUUCAGUGUGGUGUCAUCGCUGUGGUCAGAGAAAGCACCUGCAACCCGAGUUGCUCUUUCCCUCCAGAGCUGUCUGAAUAAAAUCUGUGAACUGAA